AUGGAUGGAAAGUGGAUAUCAUCUGGUGGCAAAUAUGCUACGAUUAAGAAUUUAAGGAUCCAUGUACCUUCCAAAUAUAACUUUGCUGAUAUUUCUUCAACUACUAAUGCUACAGAAUGCACUAUUUUCCAGGUAGAGUUAGUAGGCAUUACCACUAAACAUUUCUUUCCAAAGCCAGGUCAUGUCUCCAUCAAAGUAAAGGAUGGUGGUAAGGAACUAUGGACUCCUAUAAAUGCUUCGGAUGUUUGUCUCUUUUGUCUUGUUUAUAAGAAAGGUGACAAGGAACUACUUGAAGUAGCGGUUAUAGAGGCGUCCUUAAGGAAAUGGAAAUUCUUUGAAAGAGUAGAUGGAGGAUGGAAGAAUCUCACAGGGGACGAUCUCUUCAAGAAGCUUACUGACAUGAGUAAAUCUGAAUGA